UUUUUUUUUUAAGGAGUUUGCAGAGAGCUUGUCGCCUUCAUUCGCAGUCCGGGCUCAUCCCUAGGAGGAGGAGGAGGAGGAGCAGAGAAGGAGGAGGAGAAGGAGGCAGGUGAAUCCAAGUGGCUUGGAACAUCGAUCCCUAAGGAGCCUGUCCUCUCUCGCUUCCCAGCCGACGGCCAGGAGACUCCGUGAGAUUGGUGGAAGAGCAGAUCCGUGUGGUGUGUGUGUGUGCGUGCGUGCGGUGUGUUGCGGCUGACCGGGGGAGAACCGCAGUGGAGCCAUGGGCGCGGGGAGCUCGACAGUGACGGCGCCGCCGGGGUCGCCGAGGGAUGAAGCCGAGCCGGGAGCGGCCGGGGCCCCGGCGCUGGCGGAGCAGGAGAACGGCAGCCCCUCUACCGAGGCUGCAGCCGCAGCUGCAGCAGCUGCGCCGGAACCUCCGGGGGACCACGCCACGAACGCAGCCCCUGCCUCCCCCAAGCUUCUACAGAAGAAUGGACAGAUAAGCAGCAUUAAUGGAAUAUCAGAGGGACAAGUAGGAGACCCACAUGAACAGCAGGAAGAAGCAGUUGUCUUAGAUGUUGGACAAAGAGAAUCUGAAAACAUGAUUGAAAAAGAUGAUACAGAUAAUUCUCUGGUAGCUAGGUCAGCAUCUAGUGUACAAGAUGUUCAGGAGACAGUGCAUGAAAUAAUUGAGGAAAUGCCUUUGUCAGAAGAUAAUAUAGAAGAGUUGGAGCAACCUGUGGAACCUCAGUCUAAUGAUGUUGGGUUUAAAAAGGUGUUUAAAUUUGUUGGCUUUAAAUUUACCGUGAAAAAGGAUAAGAAUGAUAAGUCCGACCCUGUUGAGUUACUCACAGUCAAAAAAGAUGAAGAUGACGAUGUGGAAGCAAAUGGAUCUGAUGAUUAUCAAGAUUCUGGUUCAGAAAAUGAAACAUUACCUAAAGAGAUUGAAUCGACCCAGUUAGUUGGGACAGAUGAAGAAAGCCAGCGAGAGAGUGCAGAUCCUGAGGAAGGCAAGAAUUCUGAGGAAGAGAAACAAGAAAAAGUAGGCAACAAAUCUUCCGAAUCUGAAAGUAUAUCAUCAUUCAAAAAGUUUUUUAGUCUGGGUUGGGCUGGCUGGAGGAAAAAGACAAGUUUUAAGAAAUCUAAGGAGGAUGAGCCAGAGACUUCUGAGAAGAAAAAGGAGCAAGAGGUGGGGAAAGGAGAUAUAGUUGAAAUUUAUGACGGGAAGAAAGAGGAUACUGCUGAACAAUCAACUGUUUCUGAACAUCUGCCUGCCCAGGAGGCCAUCGAAAGUAUAAAAGAUUCCAGUGUGUCUGAGAAUGAAAAAGUACAUAGAUCUUCUGAAGAUCAAGUUCAAGAAGCACAGAUAUCUUCUGAAGAGAAAACUGCUCCUUUAGCCACAGAGGUGUUUGAUGAAAAGGUAGAGACAGUAGCAGAAGUUCAUGUCAGUACUGUGGAUGAGCAAGAACAAAAAGAAGAUCAAAGUGCUGAGGUAGACCAGGUUGUUGGGUCUUUGUUGCUUGCAACAGUUGAAAAGAAUGCAGAUUUGCAGAAAGCUGAAGUGACAGAGAAGUUGGCCAAGACCAAAGAAUUGGUGUGUGCCUCUGGAGAUGAUUAUGUUAAACUAGCUGAAGCAAGUCCUGAAGAAUCGGCUUUGUGUCAGCAACAUGAGGGCAUCACAAAUGAGGUAGAAAUACUGGCCUCACAAGAAAGAAGUAGAUUGCAAGGAAGCCCAUUAAAGAAACUUUUUACUGGUACUGGCUUAAAAAAACUGUCUGGAAAGAAGCAUAAGGGGAAAAGGGGAGAUGAUGAAAUAAAGCCAGAGGAAUCUGCGGAGCUUACACAAGUGUCAGUAGAUUUUCCAGAAACUCCAGAGGAACAAAAGGGUGAAAGCUCUGCUUCAUCCCCUGAAGAAUUGACUGAGGUAACCACUGUAGAGAAGGGUAUUGGAGAUGCACCACAAGAAGUCGAGAUUGAAGAAGAAGGUACUGCUUCAGAUGGCGAGAGAAAGAAAGAAGGUGUUACCCCCUGGGCAUCUUUUAAAAAGAUGGUGACACCCAAGAAACGUGUUAGAAGGCUUUCUGAAAGUGACAAGGAAGAUGAAAUUGAGAAAAUAAAGAGUGCUACUCUGUCUUCUACUGAAAGUGCAGCCUCUGAUAAUCAGGAAGAGUUGAAAGGAAAUGGUGAUGAUCAGAAGACAGAGGAGCCAAAGCGUAAGGUUGAUACUUCAGUAUCCUGGGAAGCCUUAAUUUGUGUAGGAUCUUCCAAGAAAAGAGCAAGGAAGUCAUCAUCUUCUGAUGAAGAAGGAGGGUCUAAAGUUGUUAGUGGAGAUUCCCAGAAAACAGAAGAUGCAGGAAAAAACAAAGAACUCGGGACAGAAAUAACACAAAUGCAUUCCCAUGAAGGUGACCAAGGGCAGAUAAAUUCUUCCCCUGAGCUAGCUGGAAGCCCACUUGAAGGAGAGGGAGUUUCUACAUGGGUGUCAUUUAAAAGGUUAGUUACUCCAAGGAAAAAGUCAAAAUCAAAAAUGGAAGAGAGAAAUGAGGAAUCUGUAACUAUUUCUGGCGUAGAACAUUCUGCUUCAGAUGUAGAACCUGUGAAAGAAGAAUCUUGGGUUUCAAUCAAGAAAUUCAUUCCUGGUAGAAGAAAGAAAAGGUUGGAUGGGAAACAAGAACAAGUUCCUGUUGAAGAAGACCAGACAGGAAUUAAUGAAGAUGAUUCUGAUAUCCCAGCUGUUGUUCCUUUAUCUGAGUAUGAUGCAGCAGAGCAAGAGAAAAUUGAAGCCCAACAAGCAAAGAAUAUCGAAGCAGCAAAAAUGAGUGUGCAUGAGGAGAAAUAUGGACAAGUAGAAGGUCCAGGAACAGAGGAGAUGACUGAAGGACUGGUUCAUGCAGUCAGUGUGACUGUUGUAGAGGGGGAGAGAGCAAUUACAAGUAUUGAAGAAAGGUCACCAUCUUGGAUUUCUGCUAAAAUUACAGAACCUGUUGAAGAAGCAACAGAUCACCCAAAACAGCAGACUGAGGAAAUAUUCGAAAAAGAAGUUGUUGUUGAAAUGCCUAUUCCUAAAACCUUGCCAGACAUAAAAGACACUAGCAGUGACACGAUUGUUAGUGAAUUAGAGUUAACUUCUGAAGCAGUGACAGCUCCAGAGGAGGUGGCAGAAAUUACAGAAGCCUCUUGUGCGGAAGAGACUACUGAAAUGGUUUCUGCAGUUUCACAGUUGACUGACUCUCCUGAUACUACAGAAGAAGCUACACCUGUGCAGGAGGUAGAAGAGGACACACCAGAUUUAGAAGCUCUUAAGCAACGAACUCAGGAAGUAAUUCAGGCAGUUAUAGAAAAAGUUAAGCAAUCAGAAGAAUCUAAGAUUACAGAAAUGAUUGUUUCAGGAGACACAAUUUUAACAGUUCAGAGUCUUGAAACUAAAAUACCAGAGAAAGUGAAUGUGAAAAAAGCUGAACAAAUUGGUGAUCACCAAGAGAUCAACUUAGAAAUUGGAGAGGUAGCUGGGUUAGAUAACAGUAAAGUGAUGCAUGCUGAGGUGCAGGAACAGGUACAUGCAGUAGAAACGGAAGAUAUAAGUAUUAAUGAUGGGCAGCAAGAAAUAAUUGAACAAACACCUUCUGGUGUUCAACUUAAUGAAGUUGAAAGGAGUAUAGAGGUGAGGGAAUGUAAAUCAUACACACAUUUCACAACUUAUCAAGCUGAGACUACUGGUAUUGAAACAUCACAAAUUCCAGUGGAACAUAUAACACCAGUUGAAGUAAGUUCAGAUGAAAGUACUCUUGUGGUACAUUUUGAAGAUAUAAGUAUAAAACAGCAAAAAGCCAGUGACGUUGGUGACUCUGUACCUGCAUUAAGAUCUGAGAUUGUAGAAACAACAGUGGUGACCGUAUCAAGUGAUAAGCCUGCAGAAAGUCCUGGUUUCCAGUCUUCACAGGGAAACAAAGAACAGUCUAAAGUGGAAGAAGUUCCAAUACCUAGUGAAGAACAGAUAGUUGUGCAAAUGGUACAGAACCUUUCAGGGACUGAAGUGAUGCACGAUUCAGGUCCCUUUGUUGAUCAGGAAAUGAAAGAUACAAUAACUGCAAAAGAAGAGGUCUCUUUAGAAACAGGAGUGAUGGAGUUACUUGAUCAGACAAAGAUAGACCAAGUUGAACUGAAAGAUGAAAAAGUUACUGAAGAAGAUAAAUUAAAAUAUGAAAACGAUUCUGAAAAGACUGCACUUCAAAAUCAGAUCAAUUCUUACUCAGUUUCAGCAGAGGAAGAGGUCUUGGUUCAGGAAGAGACAGUGUGCUCUGAGGCUCAAGAAGCAUCUUUACCAUUAACAGCUGCAGCAAUAGUAGAGAAGGCUGUGGGAGAAGCUGCAAAACUUUCAGAAACAUCAGCUGAAACUCUGGAUUCUAUAAGUGUUCAAUUAAUAACUGAACAAAUAUCCUCUGAAAGUAUGCAAGACUCUAAUACUGUUUGGUCAGAACAAGCACUACUCAUGGAAAAGCAGUCUCUCACAGAGUCUGUGCUUCAAGAAAAGGCAAAAAAAGUGGUAUUAUCUGCUGUUACAGAUACUGUCAAAAGUUCUGGCUUCAUGAAAAGAGCAGAGGAAGAGUCCCAGAAACUCUUAGAUGCAGCCAGUGUUGAAGUUGUUUCUCAGGUAGUCAAACCAACUCUAACCCAAGUAGAACUUGGAAAGGAUGAAGAUAUUUUGACCAUCAAAACCCAGAGUACCAGAAUUGUCCAAAAUGUUAUUCAGACUGCUGUUGAUCAACUUGUUAGCGCCAAAGAUCUAAACACUCAAACUUUUGCACUUAAUGUAGAGGAGCAGGCUCAGAUGAGAAAAUCUGAAGAGGAUGAUACUAUAUCUGUAUCUGAAAACAAUGAAAGUGAACUGACAGCACGAUGUGAAAUUAAGUAUGUUACCACUGAAGACUUAGGGCCAGCAGCUGUUGAGCAAACAGCAGAUAUACCUGUAAUUUCUGAUAUUUACAAAGAUGUCUCUGUUUCUGAAGUUGCUGAAAAGAUAGUGACCAUUGAAGUACAGACACCUGAAUUAAAGUCAGGUGGGCAGCAGCAUGAAGAAGCAGCAUUACAGCUAGAAUUUAAAAAAGAAGCCAUUGAAACAAAGACUGAGUCAAAAAUUGACAGUGCAAUGUCAGGAGAUAUACUGGAUGAGUCAAAAUCCGUACCUAAAGGGGAAAUCAAAGAUGAUGUUGCAGUUGACUGCUCAAAUGAUCCACAAUUAGUACCAGGGGAAAGUAAUGACCUAGACCUAUGCAAAGAGUCCCUAGAUUCAAAUGGACCAAAACGAAAGGAAACAGUCCAGGGUCUGGAAUGUCAAGAGAGACUUGUAGUUCAGGUGGAAAAAAUUUAUAACCAGUCAGUAGAAGAUACCAAAACACAGACACGAGAAGAGGUACAUAAACAUGAUGAACCUUGUGAGUCACCACCAAAAUCAGCACCUAAGGAAUCCUGAGGCAAAAUCUAAUUCCGAAUAUGUGUCGUAGGACCAGAAUGUGAAGAAGGCCAUGUAAGAAAGUGAAGGCUGCUGCUGAUUAGAAUCGAGACUAAUAAUGUUCCUGAACUUUGAGAACAGAAAAUUAGGUCUUACUACCUGAAGCCAUUCCAAGAGAGCCACUGACAACCCUGAGACAUCAGGAGCUAGACUCAUCAUUCUUCUGUUUGGAUGUUAACAUUUCCUCCUUUUGAGACAUUUCUUUUUUUUUUUUUCACUUGGUAACAUGUGAUGUUUCUGAUUUAAUGACCUUAAUUCUGAACCUUGAGAGGAGUUGGAAACAUUUAGUUUCUUAUAUUCCAAAUCUUAGUUUAAAAUACUACCAAAACUGGAGUGUAAUACUUUAUGUAUUUAUAUGUAUAUCUUAAAUAAACCUUGUUCUGUUUUUAUUGUA